AUGGUGAUGAAGUGUACUGCUGUGUGCCUUGUGGCACUGGCCUUGCUUGUCAGCUUCUGUGACGCCCAGUGGGAUGGUGGCGCUUACUCAAAACCCUCAAAACCUAGAUACCAGAAGCCGUCACCACCUGUGAGGCAGGAGCCGAGCAAACAGAUCCCCCAAGAGCCACAACAAUCAAAGCAGACAUUUGAGAAACCACUCACCUGGACAUACCCUGAAGAUCCCAAGCCUGAGCCCCAACCCGAGGUGCCUUUCGAGCUGAGACAUCCUGUUCCUGCCGCGACAGUUGCUGUUGAGUGCAGAGAGAGGGAUGCUCAUGUGGAAGUCAAGAAGGACAUGUUUGGGAUUGGCCAGUUCAUCAAUCCAGCCGACCUUACCCUGGGAGCCUGUGGUGCUGUUGCAGAGGACAAUGUGGCUCACGUGUUGAUUUUUGAAGCUGAACUGCAUGAAUGUGGCAGCUCAUCAAUGAUGACGGACGAUUACCUCAUCUACACCUUCACGCUGAACUAUAACCCUCAACCUCUGGGCGGUGUUCCAGUGGUGAGGACUAGCAAGGCUGCCGUAAUUGUGGAAUGCCACUACCCAAGGAAGCACAAUGUGAGCAGCCUUCCUCUUGACCCCGUGUGGAUCCCGUUCUCUGCAGUUAAGGUGGCAGAGGAAUUCCUAUACUUCACUCUGAAACUCAUGACUGAUGACUGGCAAUAUGAGAGGCCAAUCUACCAGUACUUCCUGGGAGACAUGAUUAAUAUCGAGGCUAUCGUCAAGCAGUACUUCCACGUGCCGCUCCGUGUUUAUGUGGACCGCUGUGUAGCUACUCUCUCACCUGACGCGUCCUCCAGCCCCAGAUACGCCUUCAUUGAAAACCAUGGGUGUUUCGUUGAUGCUAAGAUCACAGGCUCUGAGUCCAAGUUCAUGGCUCGCACUGUAGACAACAAGCUUCAGUUCCAGCUGGAGGCCUUGAGGUUCCAGGGUGCUGACAGUGGACUGCUCUACAUUACAUGCCACUUGAAAGCAACAUCGGCUGCCUAUGCCUUUGAUAGUGAACAUAGAGCUUGUUCCUACAUCAACGGGUGGAAGGAGGCCAGUGGAGCUGAUGCAGCUUGUGGCUCCUGUGACUCUAGUUCAUUUGGAUCAUCCGGCGCAACAUCCGGUCUGGUAACUGGCACCUCAGGUGCUUCCUGGGGUACUGGUGGCGGAUCAACAUCUCUGUCUACUCCUGGCAGGAAGAUCCGUGAUGUGACCCAAAGUGAAAUUAUUGAAUGGGAAGGUGAUGUCACCCUGGGCCCUAUCCCCAUUGAAGAGAAGUUGGUCGCUUAA